CGACCUCAUCGCUCGGUCACCGGCGCAACCAUCUAGUCGCUUUCACACCGAACACAUCUUUAGUUUACGCCGACGAGUUCAACAACAUGUCAGCCCCCGAAGUCUCCCACGGCCGCGGUGGCGCCGGUAACAUCAACCCCGACAACACACAAUACGUCGACGGAGAGGUGGUUCGUGUGGGCGCACCGGGCAGCCAUGGAGACGGAGCUUUCAGCACUGGCCGCGGAGGCGCCGCCAACAUCGGCGACGCAGGCGUGAAGCAGGUCACGCGCCUGGACCAGGACCUUGUCCCCGGGGUGGCCGUCCGGCCGAGCCACGACAACGCCGACUACCACACGGGCCGCGGCGGGGCCGGCAACGAGCACAUCGCCAAGAAGUCGGCCGGGGAGGGGCCCGCGGCGCCGGUCGGGCUAGCGGAUAAGCUGAAGAGGAAGAUUAUGGGUUUUUUGGGGAAGAAAUAGGGGGGGAUGCUGCUG